AUGGCAGACAGUGAAUUUGAGGAAUUUAGACAACAUUUUGAAAGAGUACCACAACAUAUUAGAGCUACUGUUCAAACUUAUACACUGGUACCUGACAUUUUGCUGGAAGACUCCCCGACUUCAUCAAAGAGCAAUGAUUCUCCUGAUGAAAACAUUUGUAUGCAGGUACCAGCUGGAAAUGAAAAAGGAGAUUAUGGAGGGAAAAUAUUUCAUGAAAGAUGUGAUACUUUGAGUAGUGAGGGUAGCCCAGAAAGUGGAGAUGGGGAACCUUGGCAAAUACGGCCUCCUACUGGAAGACGGAGGAGAAAGCUACCAGAAAUACCUAAGCAUAAAAAGCCAUAUAUGACAUCAUUAGCUGAUGAACUUGGAGAUACCAUAAAUGUAAAUUUUGAAGUUGGAGGAGGAGCUCAUCCUCGAAAUUUGCUUAUGAUGAAAUAUUUACGAGAUGAAGAUCUAUACAGCUGUGAUGUUGAUUCAGGAAAUUCUACUGCACAUUCUCCUGAUGGACCUAAGUCCACUUCUCCACUGCCAAUGAAUAUGGGAUCAAUUACACCAACUUCAUCUGAAAGCUGCAGUUUACCCUGGUCCCAACUAGAACUUUUUGAAGCAACCCACAGGGGUUUACACAAAUUUGUACCUCGACAUAGAGAUGAAAUGGAAGUGGAAAUAGGAGAUCCAAUUUAUGUUCAAAAAGAAGCUGAUGAUCUCUGGUCUGAAGGAGUAAAUCUCAGAACAGGUCGCCAAGGAAUUUUUCCUUCAGCAUAUGCAGUUGAUAUGGAGUACAAUGACUUUGACCCAAGUGCACCUAAAGUAAAAGUAGAAAGGUUCCUGCUUGGAUAUCUAGGAUCAGUAGAAACUCUAUGGCAUAAAGGAACCUCUGUCCUUUGCCAGGCAGUGAAAAAAAUUAUUACCUCUAAACAUAAGCCUCAUCAGUGUAUUUUAGAAAUUUCUGAUCAAGGACUCAGGAUGGUCGAUAAAAGCAAAAAGAAGACUUCUGCUCCAUGUCAAGACUAUUUCUAUUCAUUGAAAAAUGUGUCAUUUUGCGCGUUUCACCCCAAGGACCAUAGAUAUAUGGGUUUUAUUACUAAGCAUCCAACCCUUCAAAGGUUUGCUUGUCAUGUCUUCCUUGGCUGUGAGUCUACGCGACCUGUUGCUGAAGCUGUGGGUCGUGCAUUUCAAAGGUUCUACACGAAAUUUAUUGAGACUGCCUAUCCUAUAGAAGAUAUAUACAUUGAGUAA